AUGGCGUCAGAAACUCCGAUUCAUGUGGUGAUCGAAAAGCCGCUGUUGAAUAGCAUUCCGGCUCAACUCGUCCCGGAUUUCGACCCAACAUAUGUCGAGUACUACAACAAAUACAAUGCCGGUCGCCUUGCCACACAUCAGGUGCCGAUUGAAAGCUAUCGAGCCGACCCAUUCAAGUACACCAUCGCCUAUGGACGUGAACUGGUGCCCAACGACGGCGUCAAGAUGACUGACCAGCGAUGCCCGGUCGACGGAGGCGAGAUCACAGUACGAGUGUAUGAACGAGAAGGCUCCAGCUCAGCCUCGGCGCCCAGGAAACCAGUCUAUAUCAACUACCACGGCGGCGGUUGGGUCUUUGGAGGAUUGCCGACCGACCAUGAUUUCUGCAAGCGCAUCGUUCGUGCCUUGGACUGUGUUGUCUUUGAUGUCGACUAUCGUCUGGCCCCAGAAUACAAGUACCCGAUUCCGGUCGAGGAUUGUGUUGCUGCGUUCCACUGGAUCAGGGACCAGAAAGUGGAUGAGUUCAACCUUGACCUCUCGCGCAUCGCCAUCGGCGGCUGUUCGGCCGGGGGUCACCUGAGCGCCGUGGUCGCCCAUGUCUGUCGCGACGCCGGCAUCCCGCUCGCUCUCCAGAUUCUCUCCGUGCCCGUCACCGACCUGCACGUCUUCAGCCGCGACGGUCCCAUCCGCCCGGAUCAGCCCUACCCAUCCUACAACGACCUGGCCGACACGCAGCCCUUGCCCCGGGAGCGGAUGGAGUACUUCCACAAAGCCUUUCUGGGCACUCCCCGCCCAGACCAUCUGGAGAAUGACUGGAAGGUCUCGCCGAUUUUGGCGCCCAACUUUGCCGGCCUGGCUCCCGCGCUUGUCAUCACCGCUGAAAUGGACGUGCUGAGAGACGAAGGCGAGGCGUAUGGUGCCAAGAUGAAGGAAGCCGGUUGCGAGGUUGACAUCGUCCGCUUCAAGCGGGCACCGCACACUUUUAUGCUAUUAGAUGCGAUCCUUGAUUCCGGCAAGCAAUACAACGAGGUCACAUUGGCAGCUCUUAAGAAGACUUUCAAAUUAUAG